AGGGGAUGCAUCAUGGUACCCCUUACCCGUUCGAAGUUUACUGAUGAGAUUUGGUGACUACGCAGCGACGGAAUCAAUGUUGUAAUUACUCAACUAAACGUGUUUGUUCACAAUAGUCUUUUGUUUCAAGGUCUCUCAUCCCAUAUGGCGCCUAUCCUUGCACCCCUUCACCGUAUUCGUGUGAUUUCUUUGCGACGAGCAUGACAUUCGUGAAAGGGAGCCUCUGCCUGACAUGACACGUGUGCAAGAGCCAGUAGAUAUAACGGCUGCCCCGAGGACAUGAACUUUCGUCGCAAUGCUGACGGGUAUCAGGGAAGGCAGGUCAUUUUGCAACGUAAAUCCACCAUUUACCGCAUACAUCGGGAUACCGUCUCGCUGAAUAAGACCAGGUGUUUAUGAAAUCUAGGUGACGACCACUGGAAUAAAAGGUGUUACGUCCAGAGGCUACUCUGCAUUCCUCAAACAUGGCAGAGCUUCAUGUGGCUACUGUGAUGUCUCUUUGUGGACGAGUAGGCCUUGUUACAGGCGGAGGAACUGGAAUAGGAUUUAUGAUUGCGAAAGCCUUUGCUGCAAACGGGGCGAAAGUAUACAUCAAUGGGUGUAGGCAGGAUGUGCUAGAGCAAGCCGCGGCAUCAGUUACAGGCGUCCCAGGAUCUAUUAUUCCGAUCCGUAUGGAUGUCACUGACGAAGAAAGUGUCAAAGCUGGAGCCAGGCACAUUGAAGGAAUGGACGGCAAACUUGAUAUCCUUGUUAACAAUGCAGGAUUUGCAGGAUCUCUUCGCGACCCAGGCUUCAUCGCGAAGAAGCUCGCAGCGGCAGAUCCAUUUGAACCUGAAACCAUCCAAAACUGGGCAGAUAUAUUUGCACUCAACACGAUUGCCCCGUUCUUCGUCGUACACACUUUCCAAGCCCUCCUCGUCAAAGGAGCUCGGUCCCGCCCCCAGGGCACAUCCAGUGUCAUCAACAUCAGCAGCGCGGCAGCCAAGAUGGACUCAACGAGCCCUCUGUCCAUACAACGUAACGAAAGCUUGAAUAAGCUCACACUUGUUCUGGCAACGAGUUUUGCUGGGAGGGAUAUUCCGAUCCAUGUGAACGUGCUGGCUCCAGGCGCGUUUGCGUCACAACUGAUCGGUCCUGAGGUCUUGGAAGCGAUCAAGACUGAGCCAAUGCCUGGGUUAGUCGCGCCGAUUCCUGCGAAGAGACAGGGAAAUGAGGCGGAGAUGGGGGUGUCGACAGUCUAUUUAGCUGUGUCUGACUAUACGAACGGAGCGAUUUUGAGCAUUGAUGGUGGAUUAUCGCUGGUAAAUCCUUAA